AAGAGAAAUAGUACGCCCCGGGGUAACACGAUUUGCUUCAUCUUUCUUGACUUUACAAAGUUUGCUUGAAAAAAAGCAAGAGUUGAAAACCAUGAUGACUAGUCAUGAAUGGGACAAUACCAAACUGUCCAAGACUGUGAAAGGAAAAGAAGCCUUUAAUAUUGUUAUCCAUAAUGACUUUUGGAACUCUAUAGAGUUGUGUUUGAGAGUCUUCACUCCACUAGUGAAAGUUCUUAGACUUGUGGAUGGAGAUGAUAAACCAUCAAUGGGAUUUGUAUAUGGAGAGAUGCUUAGUGCCAAGGAGGAGAUAAAAAAUAUUUUGAAGAGGGAAUGUGACUAUCUUCCUAUUUUAUACAUUAUGGAUUCAAGAAGUGAAGAUAGACUUGAUAGUCCUCUUCAUACAUCGGGUUAUCUUUUGAACCCAUUUUAUUUCUUCAAGAGGCCUAGUAUUAAAGAUGACAGUUUGGUAACAAAUAACCUGAUCACGUGUGUUGAGAAGUUUUUCCCUGAUGAACAAAUGCAACAUCAUGUAAUAAAUGUUGAGCUGCAAAAGUAUACUCAAAAAGAAGGUGCAUUUGGAAGGAAAUUAGCAAUAAGCGGAUGCCUAAACAAUGAUUCAAGCUACAAUCCAGUAACCUGGUGGGACUUCUAUGGAAAUGAAACGCCUAAUUUAAAAUUCAUGGCGAAGAGGAUUCUUGGUUUGACAACUAGUUCUUCAGGUUGCGAGAGAAAUUGGAGCACCUUUGAAGGAAUUCACACAAAGAAGAGGAACCGUCUUGAUUCAACAAGGAUGAAAAAUCUUGUUUAUGUGCAAUUCAAUGCUAGAUUAGCGAAUAGGAAAAAAAGAAAGGACAAAUUGGAGGCUUGUGAUGCUAGUAAUGCACAGGGUUGGAUUGUUGAAGGCUGUGAUGAUAAUGAUGAUGAUGUUAUCAAUGAAAUGACUUCAACUACAACAACUUUGACAGGUGACGAAAACGAAAUAAGGGAGCUUGAUGAAGAGGAUUUUGAAUCUGAUGGAGAAGAAACCAUCUUGGAUGAAGAAGAUUAUGACUAGUUAACCUAGUCUUUUUGUUAAAACAUGAUAUAACUACUUUUUGUUAAACACAAGAUAUAGAUUGUGUUUAGUUAAUUGUAAUUUAACUUAUAACAUUUAAGUAGUAUCGCAAAAGUGACCAGAGGCUGCUUUUGGACUAGGAUACUCGUGCUUGGCUGCUUUUUUGGAUGAGGCAUACUCAGGUGCAAGUUGAUGGAGCAUUUGGGAUAUAUGGUGCUGCAUAUUUAAAGUAUUUGGAUCAUUAUGAAGCUCUGGGAAUUUUGGUUCUUAUCCAAUUUUUGUUCCCUUAGUUUGUGUACAUAGUCAGGCACUGUUUUUUGUAACUUUGAAGUUGUGAAACUUCAUAAGUUGAUGUAUGUUACAUUUUGUUAAUGGUGAAAUGAAUUUUCAUCUGGAUGCUCAAUCUUUUCAUCUCUAAGGACUGCAGGACUACAAGAACUUGUUGGCCAACAAGCUUUA